AUGUGGUACUCCGUUGUUGGCUUGAUUGAGCAGAUAUGGACGAAUCGCCUCCUGAAGGAGUUGGACGGGAUAGACUCCCGCCUCCCCGCCGGCAUCUCGCUCUCGAGCCACGACAUGGAGCCGGAGUCCGGCGUGUGCAAGGCCUUCUUUGAGGCUGCUCUCAAGGCGGCGGCGAGCGGCGGGGGCGGGGGCAAGGAGGAGGAGGAGGGGAGAGGAGAAAAACGAGAAGAGGAGGAGGAGGAGGAGAAGGUGGACGGCAGCGGGAAGAAGUCGGAGGCGGGCGACAGCGACCCCGCUGAUUCUGCGUCACCCCCCACCCCUGCGGAAGGAAAGAUCGACGGGGAACACCCGCCGCCGGCGGCUGACGAGGAUGGUAGUGAAGGGGAGGGGGGGGGAUCCGCAGAAUCAGCGGCGGCGGAGGCGGCGCCUGAGCUGCUGCGGUUUAAGAUUGAGAUGGAUCUGGGUCUCGAUACUAGGUACCCGUUCGAGUGUCCCGUGAUCCGCGUGCUGGAGGGGGACGACGUCAUGCCCACCUCGAUCCUGUCCGGCGAUGGUUUGCUGAGUCUGCCCGGCAGCGAUGCUUGGACCCCGUCGAGCACCAUUGUCAACACGCUCCAGGACAUUGCCGACAUGGUGUUGCAUGCUAAGGAGGCGGGGCUGCCCACGGGACAGGGCGGGGAUGAUGCGGGGGCCCUGGAGCGCGGGGAGUUGCGGCCCGGCGCCCUCGUCGGCACGGAGGCUUUGUCCGGCUGUCUGUUCCCCUGCUCGCCGCCCGCGGCGCCGCUCUUCUCCGGCUCCGUGCUGGCGCCCGGGAGCAGGCGGCCGCUGGACCGGUACGUGGGGGUGACGGACAGGCAGCUGCUGGAGCUCGAGGCGCACCGGACUCGCAUGAACAAGACCGUGGUGGUGCUGGCGAUCCCCCUGUCGAAUCUGAAAAAGCUCAAGUUCCGGCGAGGGGCCUCGGUCACGGUUAUCCUCAAGACCGAUGAGGCCAAGGAGUUCCUUACGCCGCAGUCGUACGAGUGUGUCCAGGCCGUCACCGAGCGGCUGGAGAAGAUGGGGAUCGCCGGACACCAGACCACCGCGGGGGCGGAGCGUCAGGUCGAUCACGCCAGCUCUUUGAUGGCGGCCCUCGGCAGGAAGGAGGCCCAAUUCGGGGUCAGAGAGCGACCCGACCUGACCCUCGUGGAGGAGUGCAUGGACCUCUUCCGGCAGGCGGCCGAGCUCUACUCCGCCGCGGAUGACCCGCGGCACGAGGAGGUUCUAGCACACAUGCACCGGUUCCUCCAGCGAGAGGACGUCCUGAGCGCGCUGGGGGGGGACGGCAGCCCGGACGGCGGCGGUGCAAGUAGUGAUAGUACCCCCGUCGAAGGUGAUGCCCCAGUUGGCGGAGCCCCGGCAGCGGAGGAAGACAGCGGCGUCGAUGGUGGUUCUCCUGAGGGCAGUGGCGCGGAUGGCUCCCGAGCUGUUGCCGACCUAACCGGAGGCGGCAGUGACGACCAGACGUCCGCUGCGACAGGCUCUACGCAAAAAGAAGAAGCCGAAGCCGUAGCCGAAGGUGAUGGCAGCACGCCGAAGAAGACGACGGCGGCGGCGGCGGCGACAGCAAGACGGACGGCGGGCACCCCGGUGUCUGCGGCGGCGGCGGCGGCGGCGGCUGCCAAGAGGACGACCUCCGGCGGCAGCAGAACGUCCCCGUCAACGACGACGACGGGUGCGGCGGCGGGAAGGGGAGGGGCUCGACGGACCAGCGGGGGAGGACGAACAGAAGCAGGAGGGAGCGGCGCCGGCGGAGGCAGAGGGGGUAGGGCUUCCCCUUCUUCCGCCUCAGGUGGAGGUGGUAAGACGGCGGGGCUGUCGGGGCGCUCUACAACGGGGCGUUAUGGCUCGGCAUCAAGGAAGGACUCAGCGGCGAGCAACGCUAGCCCCAACGCCAAGAAGAGCGGGUCCUCGGCAUCGCCACCGGCGGAAGGGGGGGCCG